AUGCUCGGAAUACUUGGCAUAUUGUCAGUAUGUUGCUUGUUUGGUCCUCUCUAUUUUAUCUACAAGCCUCCCCAAUCUCUCAUCCGAUACUUUCAAACUCGAUGGCCCGAUGUUUUGUUCCACCAUCCAGUGACUGAGAAGAUUGUCGCGCUGACUAUUGAUGACGCGCCAUCAGCACAUACAGAGGAAAUUCUCAAUGUACUCAAGGUCAAUGAUGCGACCGCCACGUUUUUUGUGAUCGGAUCUCAAGUGCCAGGGCAUGAACAUGUGCUUGCCGAGCUCGUCUGUGCACGGAAUGAGCUGGCCAAUCAUGCGAUGCACGACGAGCCCUCCCGCGCGUUAGGCAACGGGGAGCUGACGAAGCAGAUUAUGGCUGUCCAGAAAAUGAUACAAGAAGCUUAUAUGGCAGCCGGUCAAGACCAUGGCCCCGACGCGUGGUACUUUCGGCCUGGCUCUGGGUUCUUCAGCUCAAGGAUGCGGCGCUUGGUAACGGGGUUGGGCUAUAGGCUCAUCUUGGGAGACACAUAUCCUCAUGACCCGCAAGUUCCCUAUUACAACUUAAAUGCCAAUCAUAUCCUAAGCAUGGUUAGGCCAGGGAGUAUCAUUAUCUGCCAUGACCGCAGAGAGUGGACUGUGCCAAUGCUCCGGGUAGUUUUGCAGAAACUGAAACAAAGAGGAUAUCGUGUUGUGACAGUAUCGGAAUUACUGCGAGAGCCUCUGCAAGUCUUAUAA